AUGUCGUCCAUCCACGUCAAAGAUUUGGAUGUUAAAGAUGCAUCAGAACCGUUAUCCUUGGACCUCUAUGAAAACAUGAACCGUUACGAAGCCAAGCUGCCUUGCGAUGUUAUUUAUGACAGGAGAAAAUCAGACCAUUGUGUGACGGUGAAACGCCUUCUCUGGGUUGAUGGAUUGGGACAUUCAAUCGUGAAUGGCGAGAAAUCUACAACCAAGCAAGAUAUGACUCUUGUUGUUCUCAGGAUUGUCCUUGCACCAUAUAUCCCAGAGGAGCAGAAAUUUUGGUAUAUGAAGGUGUCUCUGGUUUUUGAAGAUAUGGAACAGAGUGGCAUAAACGAACCCCAGGUCCUAGCAUGGGCCCCCGGUAAAGGAACGACGGGUCGGAACGGGGCAGUCAUCCACCACGAGAAGUCUGGCGAGAAAGAAAGAAACUUGGAAGUCGAUAACUCUGUAACCAGUGCAACUGUUACUUGGAGCAGCGAAGGCGCGGUGUCUUGGGACCAAACAUCCUUUGAAAAGAAGCGCUCCUCCCCGACUUUAAAUCCAAAGACGAAUAAUCUGAACGGUGUGUCUUGGUAUGUGGAACAGUACGACUCGGGUAAUGUCGGUGAUACCCAGGAGCUGUUUGUUGCCGUUCUCUUGUCGCGACCAACAGCAGAACCAUACCUGGCAAGAUUCGAGAUUAAAGCCCGAGUGAACACUACGGAAGAUGUUAGAAAUAGAACAAAGUCGCUCUUUGGUCUCGAAUCAUUUCAUACCGAGCCGUUCAAGAUAACUCCACGGGCCAACCAGGUGUGUUGUUAUGAAGGCAAAGACAUAUGGAAAUGCAUCGAUAUCAACAAUCUGGACAAAUUGCGAUGUGAAAGAGACAUACUCACGCUGGAUAUAAAAUGGGGCCCAAAGUAUCAGGUCGAGGCUACGGCUUUGGAAGGUCCAAGUAGCAGUUCGGCAACAACGGAUCUUUCCAAGGACAGUCAAUCGGAAACCUCGCCAGUUUCCAAGGAAACCCUGGCUCAGACGGCAACCCCAUCUGAUGAGCCAACCAGUCCAGCCGCGAUCGUAAAUAGCCAGCCACUGCCAGAGAUGAAUCUUUCACCCUUGGUUGAUCAGGAGGGCCCAGACUCAGUGGUGAACACUGACUCGGAUUGGCUGAUAGAAUUGUAA